AUGUUGUUUGUGAAUGUCAUCCCUUCUGAGCCUCAGCCUGAGCAAGUUCCCAUAGUGCCCAUAGUGCCCACAGUGCCCACAGUGCCCAUAGGGGACCAAAGUUCUGUUGGUAUGAACUAUGAAAACCAACAUGCGAAGGAUGGUGAAAUCGGACCUAACGCCAUUGUUGUCUACGUAGGCAAAGAAAAGGCUGUAGAGGGUGAUUCUAAUAAAGAGGGUGAAGCUGAAUCACGUGAUGAAGGUGAUGAAUAUACUGAGCCACGCCCUGUUGUAGAACCGUUAAAGUCGGACAAGGUGCGUUAUGUGGUCAAAUGUCCUAAAGAAGGAUGUAACUGGGGUUUACGAGGUGGUAGGAUUCGAGGGCAAAUGGAAACUCCACCUCCGAAAAUUAUCAUGGAUCUUGUCAAGACAAAAUUAGGUGUUGAUAUAUCAUAUUCCACGGCGUUGAGAGGGAAAAAUCAAGCUGUUACUGAUUUGAAAGGUAGCCCAGAAGAAAGCUACAAGAUGCUGCGAUGUUAUCUGCACAUGUUAGAGAAGGUUAAUCAUGCUUUGGGAGCUAGCAUUGAAGGAUUUAAAGUCAUGAGGAAAGUUAUAACUAUGGAUGCAACUUUUCUAAAGAACGGAUAUAAGGUAUUUAUGACUGACAGAAAUACAAGUCUCAUAAAAGCUAUAGCUAAUGUGUAUCCUCUGGCUCAUCAUGGUUUUUGUAUAUGGCAUUUAUCCCAAAAUGUGAAAGGUUAUGCUCGUAACGUGAACAAAGACGUUGUUGCAUGGAGAUUCAUGGAGUGUAGUAGGUUUUACACAGUGGCUGAGUUCAACAUUGCUUACGCAUCUUUUACGACAAGAUAUCCUUCUGCUGCCAAGUAUCUUGAAGAAUCUACCCAGAAAGAAAGAUGGGCACGAUGUGUUUUUCCAGGAGAUAGAUACAACCUAGCCACAAGCAACUGUGUUGAAUCGUUGAACAGCGUAUUCAAAGAUGCAAGGAGGUACUCCUUGAUACCCAUGCUUGAUGCAAUACUUAAAAAAUUCUCUGAAUGGUUUAAUGAAUAUCGAAAAGAUGAUGUGUCUGGAUCAGUCGCAAAUAAAUUGGUGCCUUUAGUGGAGAACUACUUACAUGAUUUAUGGGCAACUGCUGAGAAACUAAAGGUGAUAGAGCUAAAUGGUUUCGAGCUUGAAUACAAUGUCAUUGACAGUGACGGAAAGCCUUAUUUGGUGAAGUUGCGAUUGAGAAGUUGCAGUUGUAGGUUUUUCGAUAUACUAAAGUAUCCUUGUGUGCAUGCAUUGGCGUCUUUCAUUACAUACCAAAAAUAUGGAGGUAGGGAUUUCGAGUUACAUGAGUUGUGUUCUAAGUAUUAUUGGACGGAGCUGUGGGCAAUUGCAUAUUGCAGGACAAUUUAUUUAGUACCUGAUAAGUCUCGAUGGGAUGUCCUAGAUGACGUCCAAGAUAUGGAGAUCAUACCUCCGAAUCGGAAAAUAAGAGGGGGAAGAAAGAAAACAAAAAGGUAUGCAUCUGCUGGGGAAAAACGACCAAAAACUCGACCUAGGACGCAGAAUAAAAGGCGCCGGAGACAAGGACUCCAAUGGUUGUUAUUUGGAGAUAAUGUUCAUGUUUGA